AUGUUCAUGAAUAAUAUUACAAGUCUACUUACUGAUUGGGCAUACGGAAGAGAGGAUGCAGAGGCAACUGAUAGUCCAACUACCACUACUUCUCAGCAUCAACAUCAUAACAAUCAUGCUAAUACAAAUGCUGUGCUUGUUGAUCAACAACAAUCAUACAUUCCGACCUUUUCAAUGUCUUCAAAUCAGCAACAGAAUGAUUUUAGGAAUUUAUUUAGACAAACAUUGAAUCAACAUCAUCAUAGUAGAAAUAAUUUGAGGUCAACAUUGGAGGAAGAAGAACAUUCGUCUAAAGUAUUGGAAAAGACAAGAUCAUUAAUUUUGAAUAUUUCUAAUGAUGACCUAUCUGAAAUUAUGUCGUUUUUGGGGAAGAGGGAAAUAUUUCAAUUCUCUCUUUCAUGCAAACAUUUCUAUAAUAUUAUAUUUUGUGAGAAUGUUUCUAAUUUUUCAUUGUGGAGAAUCUUGUGUGUUAGGGAUAAGAUAAUAGAGCCAUCUUGUUAUGAUGGAUUUAGUAAACCAAGAAAUAGUGAACUUUCAGAUAAUGACAUCUCCAAUUAUUACUAUGAUCCAUAUAGAGAUUUAUAUUUGAACUAUGAAAAUAAUAUUGGAUGUAGUCAGUGUGAUUGGUUCUGUAAAUUUGAUUUGAUUAAAUUGGAAUGGACUCUCAAUGAUAACAUUCUCAGCCAACUCAUUGAAAAGAUUAAAUCUAAAGAGAUUUGUAUAGUUACCGCUUUGCAAUGCUUCCCUGAUAGAACUAAGAAUAAGGGAAAUGCCAGCGACAUUUUGAACCAAUUGUUGGGUAUUACCAAUGCAUUCCCAAGCUCACUUUCCGAGGAAGAUACUGAGCUUCCAUGCUUGUACAUGUAUACUAGACCUCUGUGUAGAGUUAGAAAAUCACACAAGGGAAAGAACCAAAACGUUCUAUUUAUUCGAGCUUAUAAUUUAUUUGAUUAUGAUAAUGAGACAGAUUUAAAUAUUGAGGAGGAUAUUUUUGAUUGUAGUAAUGAAUCCAAUCUCUCCAGUAUUAAUAAUUUGAGAAAGAACCUGAUGAGAUUUAUCAUCUUGUUCAGUUCUACAGUCAUUGUUUGUAAGGACAAGUCAGACGACUCGUGGAUGUACAACCUUGACAAUCUCAUUGAACCAACACAUGAUCCACCAUUGUUUGGUUCCUACUCGAGUAUGCCAUCCCUCCUCGUGUGUAGUAUGGAUACCUCGACGAAGGUCAGCAACUCCAGUAAUAGAACAAGUUCUAUCGAAUUGGAUGACCUCAUGCUGGAGAUUAAGGAUAGAAUCUCUGAAAAUAAGAAUCAAUCUCUCAACUUUAUGUCUGUUUUAUUGAACUGGUUUGGUAAAAUUCAUGGCAUUACUGUAAAUAUGAAUAAUUUUGCACGACUCUCAUACGAUGAUGAGCUUUGGUGCUUUGUCAAUGACAUCAGUAGUAAGCUCCAAUUUGGAUGGUCAAUCUCUCGAUGGGAUCAAGUGAAAUCAAAUGGUGAAACAUGUAGACAUUAUUUGGAACAUUGUGUAGCAGAGAGUAACCAAACAAGACAGAGUGAUAUUACCAACGGGCACAUGCUAGAUAAUGGCUCUGUAUUAUACGAGAAGAUUUUGAACGAUUUUGCCAAGGCACUCCUCGAAAAACAAAUGCAAAAAUCCAUCGAAUUCUAUCAAAGAGCUGUCAAAGCUGAUCUCAAUCCAGCUUGUCCUUUGGAGAUGGAGGCCAUUGUGAAAUUAUCUGAAAUGAACGCAGAGGCUGCCAUUAGAAUGUUUACACAAACAGUGGCUCCAGCUUGCUUCCCAUCUCAAGUCAUUGAAGAGGUUGAACAAUUGCUCAAGCACGGUAUUAACAAUAACUUUAGAAUUCUUUGGAGAGAAAAUGCAAGAAAUUCUGAGAAUUAUUGUCAACAAGUUUGGGAAGCUUGCUUCAAGUGGAUGAAGGCAGAAUUCGAUUGUCCUGGUGAUAAGGAGGAUUUUUGUACUCUAUUCGAAUCUCGUUUCUUCUCUUCAUUGAAUGUUUACCUUCAAAAUGCCAUUGGUACCAGAAAGAUAUUUGUCAUGAAUUUCUGCUCCAAACAAUAUUUGGAAGAUUACAUCAUUCCAACACAUCCUUCCAUUAGAGAAUUGUGCCAUAAUAUUAUGGGAGCUGUUGAAGCUCUAACUCUUCAAGAAACCAUUGAAGUGGACAAGAAUCGUUCUCAAUUACAAAAACUCUCUGCCAUUAGAUUGAAGCUUUUAACUAUUGAAAAUAAUAUGGAAAGACUCAAAGAGGAAAUUCAUGUCAGAGAGGAAGAUAUGAGAGUUUCUGAGGAGCAAAGUGGUGUUAUUGAGGAUAGAAUGAAAAGAUUGGGACUCAAAUAUGAGAAAUCUCUCCUUGGAAGAAUAUCCUCCAUCAGAAAACUUUACAUUGACUCUGCUUUGAUAUCCUUACAAAGCAACAUUGAAGCACACAAAAAGUUUAGUGAAGAGUAUGAACAACUCAAUAGUAGAGGAUUUAACAGAACUCACAUCGAGUAUGACAUGCUAUUGAAAUCUUUUUAUCAUAGAAAAGACUUUGAGAAUGCAAAGGAGAGAAGAGCUCACUUCUUUUUCAUGCAACAACAAAGUAAUUUGAAAAUAUAAAGCUGAAAUAUUUAGACAUUC